GACAUCGUGGAAGACCAUCACUGCUGCCCCAAUUCUCAUUAGGGCAGUGGGUCUCAAAGUACGGUUCCUGGACGGGCAGCAGCAUCUCCAGGGAACUUGUUGGAAAUGCAUAAUCUCUGCUACAUCUCACACUGCAGAAUAAGAAACUCUUGAGUCGGGAGCCUAGCAAUCUGACAGCUUUCCAGGAGAUUCUAAGGCUCCUCAUGUUUAGGAAACACGUUCUGGGGGCUGAAAGUUUACCAGGCCUAGAGGUCCGGCUGUUUAGACAUGGCCCUGUUCUUUUUGUUCUUAAACUCAUGUGUGCUGUGCUCGAUGGGCCAUUUAAUUUUUAUUUUUGAGGAUUUUUUUUUUUUAAACGAUUCGCUCCUUCGGGCUAACUUUAGAACGUCAUCAGACAUAGGAUACCAACGCCACCCACCCCCCACCCCAUUCUCCAGCACAGGUAGCCUCUCUGUGACAUCGCCUUUAUGUCAACGUCACAACCCCGCCCCUCAAUACGUCAUAGUAGCGGAGCAGUCCAGGAGGACAACCCGCGAAAGUCCACCGCGCACUCUGAGCCGGAAUGGGCGACUGGAAAGGCUACAUUAGUGCAGUGCUGCGGGACCAGCGCAUCGACGACGUGGCCAUCGUGGGCCACUCGGACAAUCGCUGCGUGUGGGCAUCGCGGCCCGGGGGCCUGCUGGCAGCCAUCUCACCGCAGGAGGUGGGUGUGCUCACAGGGCCAGAUCGGCGCACCUUCCUGCAGGCGGGCCUGAGCGUAGCGGGCCGCCGAUGCUGCGUCAUCCGCGACCACCUGCUGGCUGAGGGCGACUGCGUGCUGGACGCACGCACCAAAGGGCUGGACGGGCGCGCGGUCUGCGUGGGCCACACGCCGCGCGCGCUCCUAGUGCUCAUGGGCCGGCGUGGCGUGCACGGAGGCAUUCUCAACAAGACCAUGCACGAGCUGAUCCAUGGGCUGCGCUCGCAGGGCACCUAGCAAGACUGCCAACCAGCCCCCAAAUAAAGUCUGAUCUGGGCAUGGCAGAC